UUACACUAGUCGGCUCAAAGAAUAACUGAAUUGAACCCUAUAUAAAAAGAAAACAAAAUAAGGGAACCCUAGCACCGUCGCAAACCCAAAACUAUUCUUCUUCAACCUCGCAUCUGGUCUCGACGUAUUGAUCGCGGUCGCCGUCGACGCCACCAAAGUAUCAUCCACAAUGUCUGGCGGUAUCAAGUCUGAAGUCCCCCAGCCAUCUUCAUCUCCUCCUGUGAAGCCCGCCUCAACUUCGUGCCGAAAGAAGAACUCCGGCACCUCGUUUGUCACGCAACUGAGGGAUCACUUCCAUGAGUUUAUUCAUGCCUCCAUGGGCGAACACAGGACAUGCUUAACAAACACUGUCAAGAAAUUGUUUGCGAUGUCAAAGGCUGUCGCAGAGGGGACCGCUGGGGCAAAAGAAGCUGGAGCUGAAAGCGGUUUGCCACUACAGAGUGAAGUGUCACGGUAGAAACAUAUGAUGUAAUGUCAGUUCUCUGUAGUGAAAGUUUGUCGCUGUUACUAAUCAUAAUCCUCAAGUCAAACAGUAGAGAGUUUCAAAUUUUUGGUGAAUAUAUUAUGUACAGUUACAUCAUGCUGUCGUCUUUUGACUGUCUAUGCAAGAAGAGAAACACUUCUUUCUCUUCUAUCUAAUAGAUAGAAUCAAACUACCCAACACUUGUUUUUUCUGUA